UGCGCAUCAUGCUAGACAAUCGUGCAUGCACUCCUAUUGUUCUUCUUGCUAGUGGAUGGUCGUCAUUAACCAAUUUUCAUCAGGUUGCGUCUGGAAUUCAAGCAUCGUGGAUGGUACAUAUGUGGACAAGACCGCACAUGUACAUGAUCCGGGACAGUUGGAUUAACUCUUGCCGAGUUGAGGCAACUAGUGCCAUGCAGAAAUUUGAAUUUCUGCCGCACCAACUCGUCUGCGUCAAGCUUUCUUCCUUAGUGAUAUAAAUUGUAGGCUCGCACUUUCCAGCGCUUAGUGGGCCGGUACAAUGGCAGACGCUCCCCCAACCAUACAGUUAACAGGUCCUUUGAUUCUAGGAUACCAGUUUAACUGGGGCCUUUAUGGUGUUUUGGCAAUCCAGCUUUACACCUAUCACCAAGCACGUUUUCGGGACACUCGAUUGAUCAAGUUCAUUGUAUACGGCCUUUUUAUCACCGAAACGUUACAACUUGUUAUGGCGACCCACGACUCUUUUCACACUCUCGCAUUGGGUUGGGGAAAUUCUGUAGACUUGGUCACCGUUUGGUUCACUUGGUUUGAUCUUCCAUUUCUAACCGGCUUCACUAGUGCUACGAUCCAGUGUUUCUAUGCAUGGCGCAUCUACGUCCUCAGCAAGUCAUACGUGUUAGCGAUAACAAUCGCGGCUAUCGCAUUAGUGCAAGGCUCCGCAGCGAUGGCCGAAGGUAUCCAAAUAUACAUAUCACAAAAUGUACCAGGAACCCAGGUUGACACCUUCAAAACAACUGCAGUGUGGCUUGGGGGAACAGCCUUGUGCGACAUCAUAAUUUGCUGCGCCAUGUUCUAUUUUCUUUCAAUAAGCCGCACUGGUUUUCGCGCUACAGACUCAAUACUCAACAGGUUAAUUAGGAUAACUAUGGAGACUGGCAUGACUACUGCCAUCAUUGCUAUCAUCGAGCUCACUCUGUUUUUGACAUUCGAGCAUAAUUUCUAUCACGUGGUGCCGUCAUUUAUUCUCUCGAAAAUGUACAGCAACUCCUUCCUCGUCCUUCUUAACGGUCGCAAGAGCAGUCAACGAUCAUCACCCUCAGAUACCUCUAAUUCAUAUCCGGGGUUGUCCACUUCAAGGGAGACUGAUAGGACUGGCGCGAUGAAAAUAGGCCUCCCACACCGGACCUCCACGGACGACAUUGCUAUGGUUAGCCUCUCAGAGACAGAGCGUCCCGAAAAGCACCACAGACAACUACCUCAUGAUCGCGUGCCUUGUGAUGUGUGACAUACGAUCAAACGUACCAUGACUAUAUUCAAUGAUACCUGGCGUCCGCAGUCAAUUGCAACACGGAUGAUACAGAGAUGUCGAUGUAUACGGCUGUACUGGCAUCAUUUUUACGACGCCUCCGUACAAGCUGUUAUCUUUUGGGUCUGUGUUUAUUGCUCGUUGGAGUGAUGCCCCGUAGUAGACAAUACGUUUGUAUGGUACUAUGUAUGUGCGUCGUUUGCGGUGUAUCUAAUGGCCUUUCUAGUGCU